GCUACCGCGGCCAGCGAUGCGUGCGCUGGUAAUUUCUUUCACCGUCCGCACACGCUCACCGAUCAGUCUGGCCGUUGAUCGCACCGUGGAAGGUUCGCACGAGAGGAACAGUUUGAGAGCAGCGAUGUUUGCCCGUGUGGUUGCGCUUGUGGUGGUUGGGUGUGUGGCCUGUGUUGCCGGGCUACUGUCGGACGCCGCCUGUCCGCAGGAUGUGACGGCGAUGAAAGACUUCUCGCUGAACGAUUACGCCGGCCGUUGGUUCGAGAUCAAGCGCUACGAGCAGUUCUACGAGAAGGAUCUGGACUGCGUGGUGGCCGAGUAUCAGAAGACGGGCGAUGCCAGCAUCUCGGUGAAGAAUGGUGCCUUCAAUCUGGCGAACGAUACGCGCGUGGUGGCCGACGGUACGGCCGUGGUGUCCUUCCCGGACGAUGCGACACGUCCGGCGAAGCUUAGUGUCGCCUUCUUCGGAGCUAAGCCUGAUCGCAGCAACUACUGGGUGCUGGACACGGACUACACCUCCUUCGCCGUCGUGUGGUCCUGUGAGCCGUACUACCGGGAUCCGUCCAAGAAUGUCCUGGGCUUCUGGAUUUUCUCUCGCAACCCAACCUUCCCAACCGACGAGGCUGUGGUGAAGCGCGUCGAUGAGCUGGUCAAGAAGUACGCCGACGCAUCGAAGUUCGAGGUGCCUAACCAGUCCGACGAACGAUGCCCACGAUCGUACUAAGCAAAUUAUCAGAGUGUAACUUCGUGGAAGAAAUAAACACUCAACCAAUUACUCAUAAUCGCUAAUAAAAUGUUUAAAAACGAUAA